AUGACAACGACGCAACGCGUGCGAGCUGCUGAUCAAGGGCCACUAGACUGGCUGGUACCAUUCAUUCCUCCCGCUUUCCGCGUGAAUCGAGACACGCGUGCUGACAUUCGACGGAAAGCGGCGCAAUUGACGUCACGGGAGACACUGAAGAGCUUUGUACUUGCUUUACGUCCCCAUUGGCGCUUUCUAACGCUUAGCUCGUUUGCGGUUGUCAUUUGGAUCAAGGGGCUAGUGUACAUCCACAAACACGAGCCUGAAUUUGCAGUCGCUUACAUCAUCGUUUCAGGCUUCUUUUUGCUUGCCUAUCACUUGUUCAUAGGAGGAGAAGUGCGCACGGAUGACAUCAGCGCAUACUCGGUAUUUAAUCGCGGCGCUCAAAGGAUGAUGGGAUCCUUGUCGGCAGAACAAUUUGAGAAUGAACUUCGCCACCGACAAUUACCGCACGAAGAUGCUUCGACUUCAAAUCGACGUAGUGAAGCAGCGCAGAAGCAUGAUUAUUGCGAUGAGGCGAACAACGAUGACGAUCAGGAGUUAAUGGUGGCCCUAGCGCAUUCGCUUCAAGAGAUGAAGCGAGAGGCACGCCGAGCUCGACGUACUAGUCGCAAAAAGUAG